CGUAACGGGAUCCUGGGCAUUAUCAGCAUCCCCCGGCCGGCUCGGGCUCCGGUUUCUUGGCCGAGCCGUUGCUGCAGCAACGUCGGGCCGGGCAUUGUGGGGCCCUUUGAGGCGGACAAGAGCCCUUUGAGAGCGCGGGGGGCCCUCGGAGUCACUCGAUAGCCCCCGGCGCUCCCCCCGUGGCCAGCCCGAGGACACCGGACACCCCCCGGAGCCCCGGGAGCGGGGCUGGGCACCGGGGAUGCGCUGCUGACAGAUGGGGGAUGCCGCUGGGGUCACGGCGUGGCCACCACGGCCACCUUUGGGCUACCGGAGGGGUUUGACCCCCCCUGAACCCAGAGCUCGUCCAGACCCUCCCGAAUCUCCGCGGUUCUGGCGCAUCCCGGGGGUGCCGGGGGGACACCCGGGGGUGACACCGAGGUGAUGCUGUCACCCCGUCCGUGCCCACGGGGUCUGGGGGUGCCACCCGGGGUCACCCCGAGGGUUGUGCCCGCCAGGCCCGGCCCCCGCGGGGGUGGCCGGCGGUGCCAGCCGGGCUGGCCAGCCCCGGUAUCGGAUCCUCCCGGAGGGAGGGGGCUUGGAGCUUAUUUAACGUGCCCUGCCCGGCCGGGCGGGCGCACUCGGAGCGCGGGGAGCUCAGCCGCAGCCAUGGGAUCGCAGCUGGAAGGGGCCAUGGAGACCCUGAUCAAUGUGUUCCACCACUACUCGGGCAAGGAGGGCGACAAGUACAAGCUGAGCAAGAAGGAGCUCAAGGAGCUGCUGCAGAGCGAGCUGGGAUGUUUCCUGGAGGCCCAGAAGGACGCGGGGGCCGUGGAGAAGAUCAUGCAGGACCUGGAUGAGAACGGCGACGGGGAGGUGGAUUUCCAGGAAUUCGUGGUCCUGGUGGCCGCCCUGACCGUGGCCUGCAACACUUUCUUCUGGGAGAACGCCUGACCCCCCCUCUGUGCCGCAGCAGGACGUGGGUUCCCAAAAUCCAGAGCUCCCUCUCUGCUCCCCAGCUCAGCCCCUCUGCUCCCCAGCAUUCCCAGGGGAUCCCACUGGGAUCCAGCUCCACAAUAAAGGCACCGACCCAGCCCGA